AGACUUGCCCGAUGGUUGUCUCUUCAAACCAAUCUGUUUUGUCCGUUCGAAGUAUGUAUUUUCAGUCGGCGUUCUACGAGUUUAUCACUCAAAAUGCAUGACCGAAGAAGAACAUUCUGAUGCUCAAAAGAAUAGAACCGCGUGCUGCUUUUUACGUGUUGAUUUCUCGAGCCUGACGGUUUUGCCAUCAAUCGUUUUUCGUCUCUGCCGCUCUCGUGAGCACACAUCUUUGGGUUUGCAAAGCACGCACUCUCCUUUCGCAACAACAACUGUCGAUGCCACUGUGGACGACAGAUGGCACCGUGACUGGCAUUGGCUUCUCGCUCGCAUGUUGGCUGUAGCACAAAAACAUCCGCUAAGCGCCUCACGGCAGUGAUAAGCGGCUAAUGGGAAUACAAAUUGAAGGCAUUCCGUGGCCAAGAGAUUGGGGAUGCGAUCUUUCGGUUGUACGCCGCUAUCCGGCGCUCUUCGUCUGUCUGCGAAGCCUACUUUCGAUAUAAGGCUACACUAUUUGACUUUCCUGAGACUACAUAUACCAUACAUAGGUACAACAAUUCAACCCUUUUCUUCCCGUUGCACAGGAACAGUGACGUUGUCCGAACCACCGGAUGUCCAUGGGCAAAGUAGUAGAAGAAGCAACUCACUCAUCUGAUUAUUUACUCCAUAAUUCACACCGAGAUGUCCGAGUCAAUAAACAUAGAAUCUAACAUGCGUGGUUUCCGGACUUUUACCACGAAAGGGAGCUGGCUUUGAAGCAGCUGGCGAAUGACCUUGAUUCCCGCAGUCAAAUAGAAAUCCAAUCGCGAUCAAGCGGCACUGGCUUGCAGCACGGAUUGUGGUCGACAGAAUGGACACCGGAAACGAGAAAAUCAGUCUCGACAAGGCAUUUUGAACGGGAUAGCACAGCUGUGAUGCUCGGAAACUCAGCUUUGCCCGAUCGUGACCGAGGAUACAAGGACAUGCAUCGGCGCAUUGCCAAAGAGAGUCGCGCACGAUUUAACCGAAACCAUAGCGAAACCAACAGUGAAUUGGAUCCGCAUGCGAGCAACGCAGCGUCACAGCUACACAGCAACAAUGGAUCUGCCUCAUCUGGGCCCAUCCGCUUCUGGACCGAGUUUCAAGGCAUUCGUACACUCCCAGACUUCAAUAGCAGCUUCUGUGAAACAUACGUUUUUCAAUGGGGGAGGCACCACCAGAAAGGUCAGGAGUCUAAAGUAGAGCAUCUGGCACGUGAGGAGUGCCCUGUCCUCUUAUGUUCUUGGAGGUUACUUUUAGGUCAGUAUAUAUCUCAGUAUAUACAACCAAAGAAGGCACUAACUGGUCCUCUGUGACGAGGCAACAGUAUAAAUUCCGAUCCAAAUCACAAAAAGAUUAUCCCAAUCGCUGUGUCUGAUGUUCAUGUGUGGUUCAUUCUUCGCCUCAACCUUGGAUAGCGAGUCCUCCAAAAAUGGACUGUAGAGUCAGUCCCUCUCAUACUGUCGGUCGCUCGCGAGUGUAAUGGCACUAUCAGAAAAUUUGCAGCACCAAGGCCGCGAGGCAAUGAAGUCAGCAGAGUACAUGAAGAGUCGCGACGUUUUUGUGGGUAUUUUUCUGGCGAACUUCUUCGGAAAGGGCUUAUGGGAAUCUCAGAGCUACUUCCAAUACACUGGCUGGCCCGCACCAUUCACCACCUUUCUCUUUUAUGCUUGGGAUGUUCCAAAUGUUCGUCUAACUUCCAGAACCAAUACUCGGCUCGUUAUUUCUUCCGCUGUAAUAUGUCUGUUUAGAAGUCCUGCAUAUACUUGUUGUUUAGAAAGCUCGUAUUGGAUAAACAAAUUCACACUUGUUCUCGGGUCCGAAGAGUAGUACUCGCUGAGCAAAUUGCAUCAGCAUAAAAGAUUUACCCUUCUCUUCAUGCCUCGGUCCAGCUCUUCGACUGCGUCGGGUGGGAAAGUAGCCUCGAUGAGCAUGACAUCGAUCGCGAGGCCGGCGCAGUAAAGCCAGCGCGCAUUGCCGUUACUGUUAUGCUACUUUUCUACAUCAGUCCGCUAGCCAUUACUGUGACACAGCCGCAACAAGUACUUUAUUCGCCUAAUAGCCCCACUGUGAAGAUGGAACCACAUUCGCCAUGAAACCAGACCUAGAACUCAAUAGACGUACUAGACUUCGCCCUAAAGCCCAAGAUCGCCCUAAGAGCAUGCUUCUGGCAUAUCAGCUGCUGUUUGCUACGAGUCAGUAUUACCCAACGAGCGAUUGUGACAUUGAAAAUCCACGCUAGCUAGCUACGGCUCUCAUCUAGAUUGGAGAUGUACUAGAACUAGGCUCUAACUUCAACCCCUCGAGCCAAUGGAUGGGAGGAAGCUUUCGCAUUCGGCGUCGUGAACAGCUGGUCACCGGUUUCGGCAGUUCUUGGAGUGAGCACCAGACUAGGCUGGUUUUGGGGGCUACGCCGGAUCCUGUAGAGCCAGCCCUUGAAAAAGACACCAGCGGGGCGACUACUGCGACGGCGCCUACACAGGAGACAUCAAAAAGUAAGCAGACAGGCGCGAAGUUACAACAAGCAUUUGCAGAUGGCGCGUUUACAACGGGGUUACAAGCGGGUUAUAGCCAACCACGAACGCCGAUUUUGCAGUUUUCUUUCCUGCAGAAUCUGCAGCAAACCUUUUCAACCGACGCUGGAAAGCCCACCUCCGAAGAAGCUACCUUUGUGCUUCCACCGCUUAAGAAAGAUUUUGUAUCUAUCAUCGAUACAGCUUACACCCUUUUUCUGCUGGAUGAGUAUCAGGUGAGCCGAAGUCUGCCAACAACUGCAUUGCUGAGCCAAAUCCUUCAAGAUCUGUUGGGCAACGAGGCACACGAAGGCUCCUCGGUACGAACCCGAAACGCAACAGAAGGUCUGGAGAAAGAGAGGGACAAUGUUGCUUUUAGUCGUAACAACGCGGAAGAAGAGGCUGGUCAACGGCCACACCAGCUAAAAAAAGGCAGACCCUUCUCGCUUCUGCGCGCUCAUCUCAAGAGUGUCUUCGGAGGCGCAGCUCGUCGAUACAUCCUCUUCUAUGAUAGUAUGUAUGGCAGAGACUGGCUCCAGUACGCAGCCACGCUGAACCGCAAGCGCAGUCUUGAGAGGAUCUUCAAUUUAUGACUGAGAUUAUAGCGUGCUUUGCAGUCUCAAUACUUCCCAACACUUCCUUCUUCCAUGUCUCAAGUUCACGUGGAGGCUUCCCACGUCUGUUGUCAAGUGCACCUCUAAUGGCCACCACCAUGGCGGAUCUAUUUUCUCGCAAAAACUACGAAGCCUUUAGUGCACGCCUUGUUACCGAAGCGGCACGAUAUCCAUGUCCCGCCGAGAACGCCGACAUGACAAGCAACCCUGACGUUGGGACGGAGAGAGCAGACCAUAUUCCUUCAACCCCACAAGUGAGCAAGACCAUCGGCGCGCAACCCCCAUUUCUUCCGAAGCCAGGAAGAGGAUGCUGGGCAUUGAGACAUCAUUUAAGCCCCUUCAGCAUGUCGUACAUGCAGUCGCUUCGCACGUCACAGUUGCCCUCGCUCCUAGUGUUCGAGAAUGCACCCCUACGCGAAACAAACUGGCGCGCUUCGUAUUCGCGGCGCUAUUGGGAUUCCCGGUACGUGGCUGGCGGUCACAGCGGAAGUGGAAGCUACGGGGAGGCGGGGCGCUGGAAGGCGGCCUUUUUGGAUAGGUGGUUCAAUUCGAAAGAGCCUAAACAGCCAUCGGAAAAGCCUCUUACCUCAGUUCUUGAGCUCGGUGUUGGAGAUGGUGCACAACUGCGACAGGCACAAUACCCCUUUUGGAUUCAGCGCUUUGUUGGGGUUGACGUCAGCCCGUUCGUGGUUCACCAAACACGAAGUGCCCUACUCGCCGACGGGCGCUACAUCGUCUCCUCCAGGAAUGAACCACCACCGCGCACUCGCACAGAAGAUACAACUCAAAAGACUGCUGACAUCAGCCUCGAAGGCGCCAAAGAUGCGACAAAUAAGGUCCGUCAUGGGGCGCGCAAUUAUGCAGUCGACCUGCAUAGUCCUCAAGGUCGAAGCGAAAACUUUCCUGAAAUUCGUCGCCCAUCAAGCGAAAACUUCCCUGAAAGCCAAGAGCAGAAAGCAUAUGUAGAGAUCUAUCACGACGCUGAAUUCGCUCAUGUUUUUCCGCUCAAGCCCAUUGACGACGACCACGACGCUGAAUUCGCUCAUCUUUUUCCGCUCAAGCCCAUUGACAAAGAGAGCGGGCCAAAAAAUCCGACCUUGGAAGACGACGGCCGCUUCGACGUGACUCUAAGCAUGGACGUUCUGUAUCAUCUGGUGGAGGACGACGUCUACAACUCUUACAUCGCUGACCUCUUUGGCCGGGCACGACGAUACGUUAUCAUAUUCAAGCACACCGAGGAACACGCAGCGACACUGCUGCAAGAUGGCGCUCUGCCUUCCACACCUGUCUCAGAUCACCCUGUUUCACAAGAAGCUCCAAGCGCAACGGACCACUUGAAACCCGUUAGUGUGGCGCGCCUAGAGAGGCAGCACGUGCGCCAGCGAGCAGACUUGCCAUACAUUAGCAAGUUGUUCGGGAGUAGCUUCCACCUCGUUGAGGUCAGCGAGGCAAACCCCCUCGGCAAAUGCAAGUUCUACAUUUUUCAGCGUGUCAAGUGAAGACUGUUGUUUUGAAUGAAAACAGAAGAGCACUCUGCGGAGAUUCACACCGCCUCCGGAAAGGUCCAGGAUUGGUAGUAAUCGUAGAGAAGAUGAUAGUAAUCGUAGAAGAAGAUGAAUUCGAGGAUUGGUAGUAAUCGUAGAGAAGAUGAUAGUGCAGCGUCAUAACCAACUCCGCCGGUCUUAUGACGGAUUCAAAUCAGGCCACAGAUAAGAGACUUUAUUUAACGAAACUAUUGACGAGCGAAAAGCGUGAUCAAGAUCGGUUUUGAUCCUACGAGAGGAUCAUCAAAGAUAUUGGUCAAUGUGAACCUCAGACGGCUGGAGUAC